AACCAUUUACCUUUUUUACCUUUUCUUACCUUUCUCAGCCUGGGAAUAUCUGUACAGCUAUCCAGAUCUUGAGAUUGUUUGCAAUAAUAUUAUCUGUUUGUUUUACUUUUGCGUAUAACUUACACAUGUUAUUUUCUCUGUCUAUUUUUUUCUGGCUUCUUACCAUGUGAUUUGUUUUACGCGUUUUCUUUGGUGAAUCUAUAACAGCAUAAACAUGAAUACCGUUAGUUCGCUUGUUAAAAUUAAUAGAUGGUUCAACCUUUUCAUCAAAUCAAGGCCCGCGAUUUGUGCUCUACGGUCAAACACUACGACAACUUCAAAUGGAAUUGGUGAUGUGAAUGAGGCAAAGCCCAAAACAAUAUCCUACUCUCAAUCAAAAGCUGCCAAGGAAUGGAAAUCAGCUUAUAAUUAUUUUGUUCCUCCUGAUGAAAAUGAAGUUUGGCCAUCUAAUUAUAAAGUUUUUGCUUUCUGUUUAGCGGCAAUUGCAGUGUAUUGUAUGAUUUUUAGAGAAGCCAAUGAUUUAGAUGAAGAUUUGGAAAAGCCUAUUUUUGAAAGAUUGCCUGAAUUGGAGAGACCAAUGUUGGAGUCUGCAUUGAUAAAUGCUCAUUACCAAGGACUACCAAGUCAACAUCUAGUGAAAAGAUUAAAGGAAUUGGAAGCCGAAGGGAGAUGAAUUUCGGAUUCAGCUUAUCAAUUACUUUAGAUCAUUCUUUUGAUUGAAAUCGGUCGAACAGCAUCGACUCGUGUCAUUAACAGUAGCUUAAUUCAUGUACAAAAGUUAAUGUUGUUUAGAUAUUUAUUAAAAGCUGACAUCCAUGUUGAA